GGUGGAAAGUUAUUAGCGGCUGCGGCGCGUGUCCGGCUACUCACCCUAUAUUACUGCGCGACUAAAGGUCAGCGGCUGGCGUGUCAUUGUUCCGUCAGGUCACGAGUGAUAGCGAGGCUGCGAUACUCGGCUGUGUCUAGCUCUCAGUGUAGUCAGCAUAGCCACCGAGGCGGGUACAAUUCAGGGUGCUCAAACGCAACAAGACAAUUCACUUGCAAAAUGCCAGGAGGGUGUUGCAAAUCCGGAAAGGAGAUGUCUCAACUAGGACAGCUAUCCCUGGGCAAACCAGCCCCCGACUUCACCACCAAGGCCGUCGUCAAUGGAGAGUUCAAGGACGUGUCCCUGACCCAGUACAAGGGCAAAUACGUCGUUCUCUUUUUCUACCCACUGGACUUCACCUUUGUCUGCCCAACUGAGAUUAUCGCCUUUAGUGACCGUGCAGAAGAGUUCCGUGCCAUCAACUGUGAAGUGCUGGCCUGCUCCACUGACAGUGUUUUCUCUCACUUGGCAUGGGUCAACACACCACGCAAACAGGGAGGCUUGGGGAACAUGAACAUUCCACUUUUGGAGGACAAAACUGGACAAAUCUCGCGCAAUUAUGGCUGCUUUAAGGAGGAGGAUGGCAUUGCUUACCGAGGUCUUUAUGUCAUUGAUGGCAAUGGAACACUUCGACAAAUUACCAUAAAUGACUUGCCUGUGGGAAGAUCUGUAGAUGAAACACUUCGGCUGGUGCAGGCAUUCCAGUACACUGACAAGCAUGGCGAAGUUUGCCCGGCUGGUUGGAAACCUGGAAGUGACACCAUCAAACCUGGUGUGAAGGAGAGUAAAACCUACUUUUCUAAAGUCAACUGAGACUCUUCUGGUUACCUGUGUCAGGAACUGUUAUCUAAAGCUAGCAUCUUCAAAACAUCUUCACAGGCCUUGACACCCUUCCGUGGCUACAAACUGCCCUUUGUUUUCAGAAGGGGAGGCAACUGUUUAGCUGCCAGACGACAGCAGCAAAUGUGAAGCGUGUGAUUUUUGUUGUAGAUUACAAUCAAGAACUUUUUUUUUCUUUAAUAAAAAAUUGGAUAAGCUACUA